UAGAGGAGCUUUCCACUUUCUUCUCCCGCAAAACCUCUCAAGCCAAACCCAGAGAGUAUGCUUAUGCUGGACGUUCCGGUCGCUCACGAGGUACCCCUCUGGACACUGAAAUGCCGUCUUAUCCUAGGCGACAUGAUCGCCACCCCUCACCCUAUGGCUCGCAAUGUUUUUAUCGAAGCAGCACCGUCAGAGGGGUUGAAGGAAUGUCCAUUCAUUCGAGCUCCCUGUCAGUGGCUAGAAGCCGCGGCGCUGAAUUUCAUUCCCUGAAGCGCUCAAGCAGCAAGCCCAAGAGCUGGUCUUCAUCGUUGCAGCGUCACGGUACUCACCCUGCGGAGAGCGAACCCAGGUCCUAUUCUUCCAACAAGGCUGGUUCGGGGAAUACCACUGCAGUUCCCGGACAACCAGCAAAGCAACUCCGAGAACGUGAGCCGGCGGCCGCGGUAAGCCCUAAACGAUAUCGUUUCGAAAGGGCUCGGGUUAUUCCGGGAAACACUCGCAAGGAUGCUGCAGCACAAACAGAUUUUGAGAUCACAAGAAAGGAUGGGUUCCCAGAAGAACAACAGCCUCCCAAAACGGACGAAGCUUGGAUGGCAAGGAAUUUCCCCUUGGAAACCGGUUGCCAGCAUACUGCUGUCAAAUUGCUCAGAGACAGUACACGAAGCGCUCUGCAGCAGUCUGUCGAAAGAGAGCUGCUGAACCGGUCAGCGCUAGCGCCACGUAGUUUCCAGUACGAGGCGUAUGGCAAGCUGCCGAAUGAUAGCGGGGGGGUUGAGCAUGAGAGGCAACGCUAUGAUGUGGGUGACGCCUUGCUGCUUGGGCGAAGUGCCGAGGGAGAUGCUACUCCUGGAGUAGGCCCAUCUAUGCACCUUCUGGACGGCGAUCAGACAAUCCGACUAGACCAGAGCAUGGAUUGGGACAUGGGUGCUCUCCUGGACCCUCCACGCCUGCUAACGGAACAUGAACGUGUCGUCAACCGAGAAUUUGACUCCCAUGAAAGUUCCCAUGAGACCGGAAACCGCCACGCUAAUCCAGAAAAUCUCGGGGUUGAGGAUCUGGAGGAGUUCAUUAAAAGAAUAGAGGCUGAGGCAGCGAGGUCCUAUGGACGAGUUGAUGAUGGCCUGUCAUUUCCAUACGACAGAUUUGACCUGGUGGACGGCUCGGAACUGAGGCGCUCCCCGCUCCCCGAAGCCGCAGACUGUAGUGGAGCGAACGAUACAGCUAUUCUGUCGAGCAGACGUCGAUCGUUGUUUGAAGCCGACCUGAGCGAUUCACUCGCUCAAACAGCCAACUCGACCUAUCCCGACUCAUUUUCAGCAUCGGAGCUGUACCCUCUAGGGGAGCUCCCGGAGUGUCUGACACAGGCCUGGCGGCAAAGGGGUAUGUUGUAGAGUGCCAUACUCUCGUUAGCGCACACGAUAUAUGAGGGGCGGCUC